AAUAACUAUUAUUUGGAGACUCAGUCUAUGUUUAAAAAAAUUUGUGUAAAAUAAAGUUGUAUAAUUUAUACACAUAAGAUUUUACAAGAUGGCAAGUUCCAAGGGGUCUCAGAAUCUUAGAAAUCUGGGAUGCACUGGGAAGCAGGCUUUACUUCCUCCAAAAAGUCCGUUUACGGGUGGUCCGACGUUUUGUUCAGAUUUUCCCCCAAGUAGUGUGAUUGGAUCCAAGGCUGUUCAGAAGCUUGGAGAAGGAAAUGCCAAUCAUCAUCGAACUUCAUCUGAGAGUUUUCUGAUUGAGGAACAGCCUUCUUGGCUUGACGACCUUCUCAACGAACCCGAGACACCUGUACGGAAAGGAGGUCAUCGACGGUCAUCAAGUGAUUCAUUUGCAUAUGUAGAUGUCCCUGUUGGUUUUGAUGUGGACUACACACUUUGGGAUGGUGGUAGAUAUAAUAACAAUAGCAGUUUCUCUGCUCACGCCAGAGGUCCCAAGGAGUCUGAUUACCUUAGAAGCCAGCCCGUCCCCUUCUACCCUUCAGCUCAUUUGCCCAAACAGAAAAUGAGAACAUGGGAUUCCUUAUCAGAUUCCGGUGCUCGCCCAAACAGUAGUUCUGGUUGUUUGGAGAGCAGCCCUAUCACAAGAUCAGGGUCAUCUGGUAGCCUACAUGAUGCAGAAAAGGCUUAUUGUGCUGCUGACGGCAAGAAAGAUUUCAUAAAUAAUUUCUCAAAGUCGUCUUCCGAAAAAAGGGAUAAUUCUCUGGCUAAGUCUGCUACCUCCGAGGCUGAUACGAAACGUGCUAGACAGCAGUUUGCCCAACGCUCUCGAGUCCGUAAAAUUCAGUACAUAGCUGAACUGGAAAGGAACGUUCAGAUGUUACAAGUAGAAGGUUCUGAAGUGUCGGCGGACCUUGAGUUUCUCAAUCAACAGAAUCUAAUUCUCAGCUUGGAGAACAAAUCUCUUAAGAAUCGGUUGGAAAGCUUAGCACAAGAGCAGCUUAUAAAGUACUUGGAACAUGAUGUAUUGGAGAAAGAGAUUGUGAGGCUACGGGCUUUAUACCAGCUACAACAGCAACAUGAGCCGCAGCAGCAACAGCAGACCAAAAAGCAAGGAUCAUCUAGCCACCAGCGUUCGAAGAGUAGAGAUUUAGAGUCGCAAUUCACGAAUCUGUCCUUGAGGCCCUAAUGGUUCAAUGGUCCUGCCGGAAAUAUUUUUAUGCUUAUGGCUUGAGCUUGAGCUGUCUUCAUGGUUCCAGGCCAGCUUCUUGUGUGUCUUUCCCUAUCGCAUUAGUAGCUGCUCUGUUUGUGCUUAUGCUUCUUAGUUUAUUUUAUCUUUGUUGACCCGGUUUGACAUCUCGAUGAGCAAGUGCCAGCGAUUGAUGGAAAAAAACGGCAUUAAUGAAACAACGGGUUCGCU